CCUCUCCUCUCGGACUAUCGCUCCCCGUUUGGGACAGUUCCUGAAGAGAUAAACGGUGCUCUGAGUUACAGCUUCUGAAGUUCACGAUGUCUGCCUCCUCCUACAGAAAGCGCUUUGGAGAUGUGGGCCGGAGCAGCUCGUUCUCCAGCCGUCAGACCUCCAGCUCCGUGCGCUCUCGGGUGUCUUUCGGCGUCUCCUCGGCUCCGGCCAUUUACGCGUCGAAGAGCUCCAAAGUCCGAAGCAGCGCGGCGAUGCCACGACUGACCUCCGAGAUCCUGGACUUUAACCUCUCGGACGCCCUAAAUGUGGAAUUCAAGGCGAACCGGCUGAAUGAAAAGGCGCAGAUGCAGUCGCUGAACGACCGCUUCGCCAGUUUCAUCGAGAAGGUGCGUUUCCUGGAGCAACAGAACAAGAUCCUGUGCGCGGAGCUGGAGCAGCUUCGGGGCCAGAGAUCGUCGCGCAUCACGGAUCUGUAUGAGGAGGAGAUGCGCGACCUGAGACGCCAGGUGGACCAGCUCACCAUGGAGAAGGCACGCGUGGAAGUGACGCGAGACAACUUCGCAGAAGAUUUAGAGCUGCUCAGAGAGAAACUGCAGGAGGAGAUUCUUCAGCGAGAAGAUGCAGAGAGCAACAUGAGGAGUUACAGACAAGAUGUGGAUAACGCUGCUCUUGCUCGAGUGGAUCUGGAGAGGAAGGUGGAGUCUCUUCGGGAUGAACUUGCCUUCCUCAAAAAUCUCCAUGAUGAGGAGCUGGUUGAGCUGCAGGCACAGAUCCAGGGCCAGCAGGUGCAGGUGGAUAUGGACCUGGCCAAACCUGAUCUGACAGCCGCUCUUAGAGACGUCCGACUGCAGUAUGAGAACCUGGCAACCAAAAACAUCCAGGAGUCGGAGGAUUGGUACAAAUCCAAGUUUGCUGACCUGACAGAAGCGGCUAACAAGAGUAAUGAAGCUCUGCGAUUGGUCAAGCAGGAGGCCAAUGAGUACCGGCGUCAGGUGCAGGCGCUCACCUGCGAGGUGGACGCGCUCAAGGGAACCAAUGAGUCUCUGGAGCGUCAGAUGAGGGAGACAGAGGAGAACUUUGCAAUGGAGUCAUCGAGUGCCCAGGACAAUAUCACUCGGCUGGAGGAGGACAUACGGAACAUGAAGGACGAGAUGGCAAAACAUCUGCAUGAGUAUCAGGAUCUGCUCAAUGUCAAGAUGGCCCUGGACAUCGAGAUCGCCACCUACAGGAAACUUCUGGAGGGGGAGGAGAGCAGAAUUUCAACCCCUGUUCCAAACUUCUCCUCCUUCAGUCUGAGAGAAACGAUGCUUGAGUCCAAGCCUGUUAUUGAAAAUACAUUUACUAAGAAAGUUCUCAUUAAGACCAUUGAGACCAGAGAUGGACAGGUGAUCAAUGAGUCCACUCAGAACCACGAUGACCUGGAGUGAUGAAGGAAAUCUCCUACUGUUAUCAUCCACUGCAAGCAACCAACUGCAGCAACUUUCUGUAUCCCAACUAUCAACUAAAUCUAAUGUGAACAACCCACAAUAACCUGCUUCAAAGUGCCUUUACAUCUGCCAAAAGAUACAAGUAUUUGAGCCUGUAGAGGAAAUAACACACAAGCACAGAAACAGCAUGACCUUUAGCGUACUGUGAAUCUUUUUAUUGUCUAAACCUGCAUUUAUCUUCCAAAUAGCAUUUUUGAGCCAAUAUGAUUUUGUUUAAGCAAAAUGCUACAAUAAACACAAUCAAAGAAGGGUACAAAGAACCUCAUUCUUUGUCUGAAUGUU